AGAUCUUCAUUUCCGGCUUACUCUAACACUUCCUUUUUUCUUUCCCAACCCAGACGGUUUGGUGCAACAGUUUUUGGUCGUGUCUAUCUGGACUCAUCCAACACUACAACCGUCAUUUUAGUUCUAUAAAAUGCCUCCCAAAUUCGAUCCAGGAGCAACAUUCACAGGUAGAAUAAUUUUACAUACCGCUAGGUCCCCAUUAAUUUAUAAAUAAUGCGGCGAGGUAACCCACCUAUUCAGCACGUCUUGAUGUUGCUGGGUAUCAUUUGGUAAGCUUUAAAUUUUUGUUAUUCAUGGCGUUUGCUGUUAAGUAUGUUUUAUGGUAAAUUUUUAUUUUAGCGUCUAUAAUUGACAACUCAUUCCUGACGGCAGGGGUACUUCAGUACUUAAUUAAUAAUUUGUAUGCCCCAGGAAGGGAAGUAAAUCCGUUUUGCAAUUGAUAUAAAUUUGUAAAAUAUGUUUUAAGCUGCCAAAUAUUAAUGUAGGAUAAUCCAGAAAUAAAGAGGGUUUAUUAAAAAUAUAAUAUUAACAUUGGAGAAAUGACCAAAAAAUUGAACUGUCACCUCUGACAAAUAUGCUAGAUAAAAUAUUUGAAAAUAAAGACAGGACAGGUGUGUCAAAAUGCGCCAGGAUGCAUUUAGAUGAUCUGUCAAAAUUGCUGAAGAACACAUUUUCAUUUAGCAGUUGCAACCAUUGAGAAUAAAUUUAAGUUCAAACUUGUGUAAUUUGCCACUUGAGCGUCGGCCAAGAAAAAAUCCAGCUGUUCCGGUUUGAAGGGCUAUUUAACUCAUUCCCUCCUGCAAUGCUUCUUCCGUAUUUAAUUUAUUUGCCUGAGAAAGGAAGUAACCCCGUUUUUAAAUUGUUUACAUUUUUUAAAUAUGUAUUUAAGCUACUAAAUAUUAAUGUUAAUGAAUUAAGAAUAAAUGCAACAAAAAAUGAAUAAGGUUUAAUAUAAAAAUAACAUUAGCGGUGAAAAAAUAACGAACAAUGGCCAAAAAAUCGAUUUUCGGCACCUCGGACGAACACAUGCUACAUAUAGACGCGCCGUACUAAAGCACACGUAGUUUUAAAGUGAAACAAGAUAAAAACUUCCGGUUUUUAAAUUAAAAUCACGCAAUUGAGAGAUUUCAUUGCUAUUUUUAAAUACAUAGAGAUGUGUGUUGCUAUGCGCAGGGGCGCAUUUGGUCGCAUCCGGCGAAACCCGUAAAAGACGCAUUUAGUCGCAAACGUCGGGAAUGAGUUAAACAAUUAUUUUUAUUUUGUUUUUACGACGUUGUACAUAUUCAUUCCAGCACACAUACAGUAGAACAAAUAACACAAGACAAUUUUAAAAAUAGAAAAUGUAAAACAAUUUAAUAAAAAAUAAAAAUUAAAAUAGAAGAAAUCAAACAAUGUAAUGUUUAAAAAUGACAUUAUGCAUAGUUCUCCCCCAAGGCGAGAAUGAAGUUCUGGAAAAUAUCAUUUGGGGGAGAACUAUGCAUAAUGUCAUUUUUACACAUUGUUUGAUUUCUUCUAUUUUAAUUUUUUUUUUAAAAUUCGUUUUACAUUUUUUAAAAUUUUCUUGUGUUAUUUGUUCUACUGUAUAUGUGCUGGAAUGAAUAUGUACGUCGUAAAAACAAGAUAAGAAUAAUUGUUUAAAUAGCCCUUCAAACCGGAACAGCUGGAUUUUUUCUUGGCCAUCGCUCAAGUGGUAAAUUACCCAAACUUGUUUAUUUAUUUAGGUCCCAUUGGGUUUUAAAUUAAUUAAAAUACUUUGCAGUGAUUGAAUGAAAUACCGGUACUAAACUAAGAAUAAACUAUCACGCUGUAGCCUUCGAGAUAUUUGUUGGCCACACAAAGACAAAGCUGGCUUCUGUCAUAAAGUUCAUAAACUAAAGGUGCCUGAGACACUUUUUUAUCAUUUGGCAAACUUAACUCCAACUGUGUUCUGUGGUUGACCCAGCAACAAUAGGUCAAAUGAUUAUGUCAUGCCUAGUUUGUAGAACUUGAAGCAAUUAUCCUCAUCUGUUCUUUUCUCUAGUUUACUGCAGAGCAGUUGGAGGUGAAGUACCAGCUACUUCUUCACUUGCCCCUAAGAUUGGUCCAUUGGGCUUGGUAUGUAGACAGACAUUCAGUCUUUAUUAAUUGCAAUAGUCACUUGUGUAUUUUAAAAAUUUUAUAUAUGAAUACCUGAUAAAUGUUUGCCCUAAUUGUUAGCCUUGGAAUUUAGAUCUCUUCUAGAAUGCUACCCUGGUAUUUUAGUAACUUUUUGAAACUUCUUUUACAGUCUCCAAAGAAGGUUGGUGAUGACAUUCAGAAGGGUACAGCUGACUGGAAAGGUCUGAAGAUUACAGUGAAGCUUGUGGUUCAAAACAGACAGGCUAAGGUUGAGGUUGUACCUAGUGCAGCAGCCCUCAUUAUUCGUGCUCUGAAAGAGCCACCCCGUGAUAGGAAAAAGGUUAAGCAUGGUAGGUUAUGAUAUUUUGUGUAGAAUGUUAUGAUAAACUUUUAUAAUUUAUUUUCCCAACAAGUGCAAUGUUAUUUACAUUUUCAAGUGUUCAAAGUUGACCGGGGAGGGUUGUAAUAACCCUGAAAUAAUUUAUCACUAGCAGAAAAAGUACAUGCUGCUAGCACUAGUGGUCUAUGGUUAUUCCUUUGACUUUUAAAAAUCCAGAGACAGUCAAAUUCAGAUAAUUUAAAGGGUACCGGUACUGGGUAUUCUCUAAAUACGUUUUUUUAAUUAUUACAAAAUUUAUAAUUCAUUUAUAUUUAAUGUCGACAUUGCUUGUUCUGUUUUUUCUUCUUUAAAAAAAUGAACCAUCAAUUUUAAAGUGUAGUUAUGCACCUUUGCUUAGAGGCAGGGCGGCAAGUUUUCAUAAGGUUAUUCAGGAGUCAGUUUCUGAACAUUUUUGUAGUCUUGCUCUUUACAACUAAUCCUAGAGCUGUUAGAAUUCUUUCAUUUAUGCUAUUUAUUCAUUAGCGAUGAAGUUUCUUUAUGGUCUAAUUAAUAUCCUUUCUCAAUUAAAAAAAUAGUAAAGCACAAUGGCAACUUGACAAUUGACGACAUUAUCAAGAUUGCAAAACAGAUGCGAUCACGUAGUAUGGCCAGGGCACUGUCUGGUACUGUUAAAGAGGUUCUUGGUGAGUUAAAAAUAUUUUUACAUUAUUUUAUUUCUGAAUAUAAAUUUCAUUUCUGAGAUUCAUUCAUCCAUGCCACUAAAGAAUACAAUGUAUAUACAUAGUCUGUGCCAUGUUUGAAAGAUAUAUUUAUGUACCAUACUACAGUAGGCCUAUACUACCAUUUAUAUUAAAUAUACUAACUAAAGUAUUUUUCCUCAAACAGGAACUGCUCAGUCUAUUGGCUGCACGAUCGACAAACUGCCUCCACAUUCAGUCAUUGAGAAAAUAGAUAGUGGAGAAAUUGAGGUUCCUGAUGAGUAAAUGAAAAUAAAAUGUUAAAACUUG